AUGUACACGCCCAUCCCCCAGAGCAGCUCUCCGUUCUCCACGUCGGUGCAGGACCCCGGCCUGUACGUAUGGCGGGUGGAGAAGAUGAAGCCGGUGCCCGUGGCCCCCGAGAACCAGGGCGUUUUCUUCUCGGGGGACUCCUACCUGGUGCUGUACAACGGCACGGAGGAGUUCUCCCACCUGCACCUGUGGAUAGGCCAGCAGUCCUCCCGGGAUGAGCAGGGAGCCUGCGCCGUGCUGGCCGUGCACCUCAACACGCUGCUGGGGGAGCGGCCGGUGCAGCACCGCGAGGUGCAGGGCAACGAGUCCGACCUCUUCAUGAGCUACUUCCCGCGGGGCCUCAAGUACCAGGAGGGCGGCGUGGAGUCGGCCUUUCACAAGAUCUCCGCGGAGGCCGCCCCGGAGGCCGUCCGGAAGCUGUACCAGGUGAAGGGGAAGAAGAACAUCCGCGCCACGGAGCGGGCGCUGAGCUGGGGCAGCUUCAACACCGGCGACUGCUUCAUCCUGGACCUGGGCCAGAACAUCUUCGUCUGGUGCGGUGGCAAAUCCAACAUCCUGGAGCGCAACAAGGCGCGGGACCUGGCCCUGGCCAUCAGGGACAGCGAGCGGCAGGGCAAGGCCCAGGUGGAGAUCGUCGCCGACGGGGAGGAGCCUGCCGAGAUGGUCCAGGUCCUGGGCCCCAAGCCUGCUCUGAAGGAGGGCAACCCCGAGGAAGACCUCACGGCCGACCAGACUAACGCCCACGCCGCGGCUCUGUAUAAGGUCUCUGACGCCACUGGACAGAUGCACCUCACCAAGGUGGCCGACUCCAGCCCCUUCGCCGUCGAGUCGCUGAUCCCUGAUGACUGCUUUGUGCUGGACAACGGGCUCUGCGGCAAGAUCUACAUCUGGAAGGGGCGAAAAGCCAACGAGAAGGAGCGGCAGGCGGCCCUCCGAGUAGCCGAGGACUUCAUCUCCCGCAUGCGGUACGCCCCCAACACGCAGGUGGAGAUCCUGCCCCAGGGCCGGGAGAGUCUCAUCUUCAAGCAAUUCUUCAAGAACUGGAAGUGA